CGCAUCUUAUAUGUAGCUGCGCUGACGGCAUCGAUCACCUCGUGUCAAAAUUAGCGCUCCGGCACAGUCGAUUCAUUGUACCCGGAAAUCAUCUCUGUACUUCUAUAUUGUCACAUCUUUUUGCUACCAUCUGUUGCGGGGUUCCGUGUCUUCUAGCCUGCAUCAUACUGACAUUUAUCUUUUCUUGUCUACCUCCGACACAAACAGGCCCCAUGCUUGGACUCCCGCGCUCACACGACUCUGUCUCUCCGGCCUCGUACGCAAGCCACCCUACGUCCUCCUCAUUCGACGAUUCGUCUUCGGGGCAUCCAGCCUCGUCUGUGAGCUCGGGUAACGUCCACAUGACUUCACAGGGCAUGGGGCAUGCUGCAACUUCGUCGAUCUCGACUGUCACCCCUGGGUCGCCGCCAAUGGUCGCAGCUCCACAACAACAACAGCAGCAACGUGUGCAGAUACGUCAGCGCCCAAUUAUGCCUAUCACUGCGGCAGCGACAGCGCCUCAGGCAGGUCCUGCACGGCCUCCAAUUGUACCGAAGCCGCCUGCUCCUCGUCCUGCAACAAAUCGAAGGGCUCGUGCUCCAAAGCGACCAAGGCCAUCAACAUCCCAGGGCGGUGAGGGUAGGGGUGGGGACAGUGACGAUGACAGUGACGAUGAUGAUGUGGUAGAAUGGGCUGGACCAUCUGUGCCUCCACAAGGCGCAGGUACAGGGGUGGUGGGUCAACGCAAAACUGGAGCGUGUACACAUUGUAAACGUCUGAAGAUGAAAUGCGACUUUCCAGAUGGAGCUAGUACUUGUAAACGUUGUGCAACCGGAGGACACCCUUGCAUCGUAGAAGGUCGCAAACCUAGGACAGCGCCAAAGUAAGUUCCCAACUGGUUCAUCUGAUUCCAAAGCGACGAUCAUCCUUUAUUUAUGUCGUAACUUCUCGUUCUUUAUUUGGAACCGGUGCAUGCCUUUGUACCGACUAUAUUUUUUUACGCUUGUCUUGCCAUUGGCUGGCCUUCCUGCUAAGUCAAAUGGGAUAUGACAGCCCUGAACUCCAGCAUGGAGAUCUGGGCCGACUUGGAGAAAUCUUCUUCAUUUUCGGACAUUUCAUAUCGCCAUUUUCUUCACACUUCCGUUUCCGCUAUCCUCUAUUCGUCGUUCAUGCUGCGAACUGAGCACAAAUCGUGCCAGUCUCGCAUCCGGGUUGUGUUUCAUCGCAUUCUCCUGUUUCCUAUUUAAACCUGGUUGCUUUUUGGUCAUCAGUCAUUCCCACUGUUUUCUCUCUGUU